GCCAAGUUUCUUCCGCAAGAAAGACAACAUGGCGGAGAUGGAAGAAGAAAUUAGCUUUAAAAAGGAAACCGUCAGCAAACUCCUGUCAAUGUUUUUUAAGGAAGACAAAACCAAACUGAGUGGGGAUGCUGUACUGCUCAUGGCAGAGAUGCUCAAAGUUUUUGUCCAAGAAGCUGCUGUGCGAUCAAUGAAACAAGCUGGAUUGGAGGACUGUGAUCAAGUAGAGAUUGAACAUUUUGAAAAGAUCCUUCCACAACUGCUCUUGGAUUUCUGAAGUGACCACCAGAUGGAGCCAGAGUGCUGUCAGCAUGUUUUCACAUGAUUUGUUAAUGCAGUUCUUUUUUUUUUUUUGUAAAAAAAACUCUAACUGCAGUUUCAUAAUUAACUAGUCUGUGUUUGAUUUAAUAUUCUUAAUUUAUAUUUAUUUGAGUUCUGUGAUUUUGAAGUAAAAGUAGUGGUGUUGUCCACUCACCACCCGGCCACUUCCACCAAUAAGGACCACCUGUGCUCCUCUGCAACAACAGGUGCUUCCAGCAUGCUCCACGGCGCCCUUCAUCAAAGCCUCCAGGAGCAGUUGGAAGCAAUUAGAGUAAUAAGGGGAGCAGCCAGUCCCUUAGAUGAUGACAAGUGCCAGGAAAAAAGGAGUACCCCCUCCGGCCACUUUGAAGUUCCCUUUUGCUGUCCUGCGAUGUUUGGUUAGAGGUAGGGGGAAGGGCAAAGGGGACCUCUGGCACAGGGGGAAAGUUGAAUGGCAGUGUGUGUGCGCAUGUAUGUGUGCUCGUGUUAGCCAAACAUGGCCAAAGACCACACGCAUAGAUAUUCUGUUUGAAAGGAAACAUAACAAAACACGUUGGAACGCGGUCCAAGAGGAGCAGGGUAUAAUUCUGAAGGUAAAUAAACAAAAAGGCAAGUUGUAGAGCUGCUUUCUCCACUUUCAUCACAGCAGUGGGGGUGAGAGUUGGGCCUACAAGGGAGAGGGUAAUCUGGGGUUUCCUGACCCAAGUAGCUCUGAUGGUUUUCCACCAGUGGUGUAUUUCAGCAGUGUCCCUACUAUGAGUCAGCAUAGCUGUACAACACCUCACACUGUUUAUUUAUGUGGCUCUCCAGUGACUCACUGUGCUCGCGUACAGCUGGAAACAACUUAGUGAAAGUCAAGAGUCCGGGCUCAAAUAGGUGCUCAAGGACACGGCACUUGGAUUUGACCCGGCACCUUUUUCCCCCGAGGCUGGAUUUGGGUUUCCCAGGGGUGAAUUUCAGAGCAGACCGUCGGGAGGAGCUCAUCUAGUUAACCGAUGUUUAGUUUAAUAAUGUCAAGAGGGUUAUUUAGGCUGAAAACAAACUCUCGAUCAGGAAAUAAUUGCAGGAUUGAAAAUUAUACACUUUAAUAGCAGCGUGCCGUACCUUGUACUUUCUUCAGCAAAUAUAAUAGCAAAUUAAUUUAAUUAGGUACAAUGCAUCAUUGCUCUUUAAACACUAAACAAGCAGAUUGUUUUUUUCACUAAGCUGCUAAAUGUUCUAGCCUGUUCUGGAAGUUUGCUUAAAUUGAAAUGGAUCAAUCCCAACUGUUUGUUCUUACACAUGGAAUAAAAACAUUUAUUCUCUUGGA